AUGGCCUGCAUUGACAUUAGCAUGAUAUUGGCAAAAUUCCGAGAGUACAUUGAGCAAGAGACCAACGCGGUUUUCUACGGCUCGAACCACUUCAACUUUGUCGAUACCACAACCUUUCCUGCACUUCAGACGGUACAGGGACAGCCUGAAGCGCUAGGACUUGCGGAGGAAGGAAUGCGCACUUUAAAGCUUCCCCAGGACUAUUGUGUCAAUCUCAAGACUUUAGAGCUCUACGUACAUAAGGGUAACGCUUUCGGUCUUGCCGGAGAAACUCCUAGCGAGUCCCUUCAUAAGGCUUUGUCACAAGUGGACGCGCAGUUGAAGGCUGUUCCUUCUCUGGAAGAAAUCAUCAUCAGGUAUUUUUAUGACAGACCGAUCCCCGAAGCCUUGCAGUUGAUGCAGGGUCUUGGGUGGAUAGUCCUGAUGGGUGAUGAGGUGGCACCUUGA